GGCACAUAAAUAAAACAGGAAGCGGAGUAGAUCAUCUCGGAAGAAAACAACAACGCGGCCGGGCGGCGAAGACGCCGCCGCGACACACGCACACAGAGGCAUCGCGCGCAGCAUCGCUGCAGCAGAGCGCAGACAACAGCAGCGGCACACGAGUGCGAGCGAGACGAGGCGAGGGCGCGAGAGAGCAUCGAUUGGAGCGCUAGCCGUGACUUCCACCACUCGCUUUCCCUUUCACCCAAUGGGAUCUCACUUUCGCGCUUGCUCCCUCGCCGGCUUCUGGCAGCGCCGCCGCCGCCGCCGCCGCUGCCGGCUUCUCUCUCUCUCUCUCUCCGUCUCUCUCUUCGCGCGCUCCGCGACACUGCCGUCUGCCGCUCGACGCUCAGUAACUGGUGCGCACUCCGCGUGGAAGCGUGCACACACCUCGUAACACACGUCAAACCCCUCUUCUUCUCUCUGCGCUCUCAGCUCUUCGCUCUCCUCCGUCUUUACGUCUACACACACACAGUCACGCACUCAGCUCUCCUCCGAUUCGCAGACCGGCUCCAGUGUCGCGGGAAUGACAACGACGUCGAGGGAGAGCUGCUCGCCUCAGUGACAAGCGCGAGUGCAGCUUUGUUUUCGUUCUCGUCUCCCGCAGCAUCGCUCGCCAUCAGACACCGGCGAGGAUGGGAGCUCGCUAGGACCGGCCCGCAGUCCCUCGAACGUCGCAGUGUGCUCGUCGUCAGCUGGCAAGCCGUCAGAGGCAGGAAGUGCGCGCGGAAGAGGAAGCAGCCAGGGAGGACGACUGCCAGGAUCGUCGCGCUGACGGCGCCGGCAUGGCCCCGCGACGCCACGGCCACGGGGGCGGCCUCCUCGAGGCGGCCGUCUUCGCCCAGCACCACCAGCAGCAGAGCCUUCAGAGCAGCAACCCGCUCGAGGCCUUCGAGAACCUCGGCCUCGGCCACGUCCUGGGCAGCGGCGGCGCCGGCUCCCCGGGCCUGAGCCACUGCUGCACGCCGACCGGCGAGUGCCUGCGCGGCGACGCGCUUAUCCGACACUCGACGGCGGCGCAGGACUGCAUCAAGGUUAGCUGCAGCAACGAGGCCUGUCCGGCUGGCCAGCUGAUGCACCGCGAGUGCUUCGAGGCCUGGGAGCAGUCGGUGCUGAGCUACCUCAAGAGCUGCGGCCGAGCGCGCAGCUGGUCCGAGCGCCAGCGCCAGCAGAACCUCUGGAGCAAGAAGGGCUACGACCUAGCCUACAAGGCCUGCGGCUGCAAGUGCGGCCGGGGCCACCUGAAGAAGGACCUCGACUGGGCCGGCGCCAGGAGCGUCGCCGAGGAGGCGGUCGCGGCGCCGACCAACGAGGUCAAGAAGAAGAAGCGGCGCAACAGGCAGAACAGCCGGCCCAGCCUGGCCGUCUCGGCCGGUCCGCCCGGGGCUCACCCGCACCAGCAGCAGCAGCAACAGCAGCAACAGCUUCAGCAGCAGCAGCAGCAGCAACACCACCACCACGUCGCGGCCAUGCUGCACCGUGGCAGCGACGCGCAGAUCAUUGACGGGAGCCGCGGCCGCGCGGGCAGCCUGUCCUCGAGCACCGGCUCCAGCUCGCCACCGGCCACCAGCGAGACCAGCGUCAGCCCGCUGCACCAGCCCCAGGCCAUCGUCAAGAAGAAGAGCAAGGUCGAAUUCUUCGGCGACAGGAUCAGGCAAAGCUGUGGAGCCAACGGUAUAUUCUCACGGCGACUGGACUUCAGCGCAUUCAACAGCCUGCCGAGAACCAAGCUCAACUCCUAUCACAUUAAGAUGGAAGACGAGGGCAACCACGGCAACGACGACACCAGAUGCUUCAUCCUGUCGACCCUGGCUGCGUUGCAAUGGUCGAGGGUCUCCUGCGUCCUUUGUCGCGCGGCGAUGCUAGUCUUUGAUAGAUAUCCCCUGGUGGACGGCACGUUCUUCCUCUCCCCGAGGCAGCACUCGGCGUCCUGUGCAGAGGUGAAGGUCGAGGGCCGCACGCAGUUCCUCUCGGCCGUCUGCAUGGGCUGCCUGGAGGGCAGCGGCGGCGGUGGCGGUGCCCCCGUGCGAUGCAGGUCCUGCACCCAGCCCUGGGACGGUUCCAGCCUCGUCCUCGGCACCAUGUACAGCUACGACAUCUUCGCGGCCAUGCCCUGCUGCACCGAACGUCUCAAGUGCAACAGCUGCCACAAGCCUCUGAUCUACCCGCACCAGCGGCUCAACUUCUACUCGGACUACAGCCGCGUCUUCGCCUGUCCCCAUUGCCGCGCGGUCGACGCCCACUUCGUCAAGCCGCUGACGUCCUGCUUCACUCGCGAGCACUUCCAGCUCUACAGUCCCUGGCCCUAACAACUAGGGAAGCUAGCCGCCCAGAGCAGCGGCCAGCGCCAGCAGCAGCAGCAGCAGUCCACUUCCGAGCUCUCGCAAGCUCGCCAACAGCAGCAGCAGCAGACCACGGCCAACUUUUCUUCCAGCCCUCUGAUGGCUCUGCUCAGGGCGACUCUGCUCUAAGAAUCAUGCCGAUGCUCCACGGAAGACUCAAGCGAGACGCGAGCGACGCCUGUAGAUACAACACUUUAUGAUAUCAGGUUCUUCAGCUACGGAAGAGAAAGAAUGUGCGAGAGAGAGAGAGAGAGAGAGAGAGAGAGAGAGAGAGAGAGAGAGAGAGAGAGAGAGAGAGAGUGAGAGAGGCAGAGCGAAUGCGCGAGUGAAUGGCAAAAUUCGUGUCGCAGGUACACGCAGAAAACAGAUAUAUAUUAUUAUAUAUACAUUAUAGAGAAAUGACGCGCGAGGGCGUAGAGAAACAAAUAGAUAGAUAGAGAGAGAGAGAGAGAGAGAGAGAGAGAGAGAGAGAGAGAGAGAGAGAGAGAGCGCCUACAAAGUCGGCCUACAAAAACGAAUCGUGCACGCGCCGGGAUUUUUAUAGGGACGACGACGACUACGAUGAUGAUGAUUAUGAUGGGUCGGGGAGCGAGCGGCGCGCGAACGACGCUCUGCAAAGCUAUGCGACGAGGCAGCCCUUGGCCGUCGACAACUUUCGCUCGGUUUUAAUCAUGCUGGCUUCGCGGGUAUGUCUUAAUAGCGCCGACGACUCGUUUUUUUAAUUUUUUUUCGCAUUAUAUGGGACCGAUUGUAUAAUAUAGCUAGGCAAUUUUCUUUGUAUUAAAAAGCUCGAUUGGGACAGCAUACUAGUUUUAGGUUUCUAUUCGUCCGGACGGAAAAAAAAUCAUCAAAACGACAAGCAGAUUUUGGUCACAGUCGCAUCACCGGCCGACGACUCGCGAAGCCAGGCGCUGAUAUCGCAAACAAACUUUCGGACGAGAUGGACUGAAAUUUCCUCAUCGCACUCUGCAACGUUGUAUGAUCAUUCGAAAAAGCCAAAGAGACACGGGGACAAAGAGACGAGCACGACGUCGACUUCCAAGGCCUGAAAAGCGUCGAUCGCACGCCGCGCUGCCCGCUCGCCAGCGUACAAAUAAAUAUAAACACUUACAAACGCAUAUGUAGUAGAAUCGCGACAGAGCUCACGCUGCGUGUGUGUCUGUAGAAAGAAGAAAUCCACCUUGAAUUUAGGAUGAAGAAAAAAAAAUGAAGAGUACUAUUGUUUGUUACUUAGAUAAUCGAGAACGUUGUUUUUUUACAUUUUAUUAGUUUAUACGUUUAGGCGGCCAUGUUAUUUUGUUUAAGGAUCUGCGACCCGCGUACGAUUAAAUAAGUUCCACGUUAAAGGUUUUGCCGCUUUUUUUUGACUAUCGGCCCCGGCGCCAGUUCGACUCUCACCUUUGCUGCUGCGCGAGCUUUAACCCGAGAUGUAUAUCUAUAAUUACUAACGUCGUCCGUACACUGUGGAAUGUUUCUAUUUGAAAAUGGAGAAAAAGAAUUGUAAAUGUAGCCAUACUUCUGGACUUGGUGAGAAAAAUUCUGUUGAACAAAAUCGACGGAGGCAAGAGUCGAGCGUUCUGGGGUCUCGAUAUAGCGAAUACCCGAGGCAAGCAAAUUUUAAAGAGAAACGAAAGAAUUAAACGAAGUAAAAAAGUAACGAUGAUUUAAAGAAGAAAAAAAAGAAUAAUCUCUCUUGGCGAUGCUGGUCGUUGCUGUCCAACCAUAGCGGCCGUCCCACACUAUAGCACCGAGAUCAUCACUUGAUUGUGGUAGUCGUGCGCGUACAUACCUUCUUACGUUAUUUCACUUCGCUUUUACCUUUUGAGAGAAAGAGGGAAAGAAAGAUAGACGACAAGUGUACAUGAGAUAAUAUUGAGAGCUAAGCAGAUUUUCGCGCGCAACGAGAGUAGAGUUUUAUUGUAUAUGUAUAUCGUGCAAAUUCAAAAUGGUUCGGCGAACCUAGGUUCGACUAAAGAUUUUAACCGAAAGAGCGAGCAGUUUCUAAGUAUAUUAUAGCGAUGCGCCGCGUCCUUAAAAAACGAUGACGACAAAUAUGAGCAAAGCAAACGCAUAAUUUUCAUCUACACGCUAACGGUGAUUGAGGCUGCAUUUCUCAGAGUGCCAAACGCGAUCUUCCGCAAAUUUUCUUCUGAAGAUCUCGAGCUCGCACAGAAGCGAGAAGAAAAGUUACGAGCCGCGUGAAGAUCGACAUGUUCAGUUUCGUUUCAAUAAAAUAUUUAAAAAUCCAUUGUUUCGGCGGGACUCUUCAUUUUCAACACCGAAGAUUUUAUAACGUUUAUAAAGUUGAAGAACGAAUUAAAAAAAAAAAUAGUGAGUCUUACAAACGCUACUUAAACGGAUAACGAAUGUAUAAGUAUAUAUAGUAAAAAUAGGAUACCAGUGAUAAGUGUUGGUGAAAUAAAACUGACUUUGUCGGUUCGUCAAGAAUCGAAAGCAAACGGACAAAAAAUAAUAGCGCUAAGCACUCUCGAGUUUUAUUUAUCUCGGUGUCAUCGAUUUCUUGGCGCUGGUAAAAAUACUUUGAUAUUGAGGAAGGGAAAUAUGAGAAAAAAGAGUAGGAAGGAUGCAGGACAAAGAAAAAAAGAAAUAAAGCGCGUUAAUAGGUUUAUGUCAAGCAAAAGAGAAGAGAACGGUUAAGUUAAGAAUGAAAGCAAUUUUAAGGAUUUAUAAGUGAAGCACGUGAAUAUAAGAGACGUAUAAGUGUGUUAAGGUUUAUGCGCGAGCACGGCUCGAUAUAUCUGGUAUAUAGAGUUGUUACGCUCGAAUUUCCUUUUUUAUGUCUUGAAGUAUAUAUAUUAUAUAUAAUAUAAAAGUAAUAACGGUAAGUCUCCGAUUUUCUAUUUCAAGCGUAUUUAAAGAAGAAAAAUAAGUACGAAAUGUUUGAUCGAUGUGCUGUAUAAUAAGGGUUUUUGCGAUUUCACAAGUAGAUAGAUUAUAACCGAUUUUCUUUUUAAUUCCGAAAUACCAAUUUAUCGCGCAAUAAUGGUUUUUUACGAAUUCCUCUCGUCGCAGACGGCGGCAGCUGCGACUCGCAACGGCUCACUCUAUGUAACUCACCUCAGAAACCUCAAGUCCCAGUGAGACGCAGCGCGCGCGCACAGCGAACCAGAGGAGAGAUAAAAUUUUGUAUUGUCGUUUUCUGAAGAGAUUUAUAUGGCUAUAUAACGGAUUUAAGAGGGGGAGACGGAUAUAGAGAUAGAGAUCGAUUGAUAUAGAUCGUCGCGCUAUACGAGGCGCCCCGACUGCGAGCGAUUGGUCUGCGUUGUCGUUGAUGUUCAUUUUUAGAUAUGUAGAAGCGUAAACGGAGUUUCUGGCCAGUGACCUGAGUAUAUAGUAUGGGUAAUCGAGUUGCGUAUUGACGAAAUUUUUUGACGAAAUUUUUACGUAGUUUAAUAGAAAUUAAAGUGAGAUUAGUAGCUGCGAGUCGAUGCAUCAGUUAACCUAUAAUAUUUGAAUAGAGAGCGUUUUUUAUAUUGCGGCCGAUCGCUCGCGCGAGCGCGUCGACAAAUCCGCGCGACGAGUCUCCGUGUAUCAGGUUUUGCGAUAGAGAGGGAGAUAUAUACAUAUAUAUUCCGUGUAGCUUGAUCUUUCGAGUGUGUGUAUAUAUAUAUAUACACGAGUCUAGAGUCAAAGGUGUUGUGUAAGUUGGUAUUUGAAGGACAGGAAGAAGAGAUAGGAUUGUGGAUAAGCGUUUUCGUGGUUGAACUAUAUGGAUAUAGUUUAGAAUAGCCAUUAUUUAUCAUUGAACUUAAGGUUAUACACGGAGAGGAAAGCUCACGAAGAACUGAACAAAGAAAAAUAAGAUAACUUACAAUAAUACACACAUGUGCAAGACUUUGGAAAUCACGCUUAAAAAUUUGACAGUGCGACGUUGAACGUUGAAGUAGGAAUCCGCGGAGAACUUUAUCUAAAGGGAACGAAGGAUGCGCUACCCGUGUCAUAUAGAAAAGAGCUGUACAUGCAUAUUUAUAGAGACGAGUCUUUCUUCUUCUAAUACAAACAAAAAUAUUAUAUAUAUAGGGACGUGCUCAGCCGUGCUAGUACUCGGCAAAGGCGACACUCAGUUAUUUAAUCGAUUUCUACGAAAAAUAAAAAGUGAACCGUUUUAUUAUCAAUGUGUAAUUUAGAAGUAUAUAGAAUUGUAUAUCGUAGCAGUUAAGGUUUUUUUCAGCUGUGGUAGACAACUAUAGGUAUAUAUUUACGUACGGGACGCGGAGACCUAUAUACCGACCGCUUCCUUCUUCUUGCCUGCGCCGAGCUUCGAGACGAUCUCCUCGGCGUUGACUCGCCCAUAUAAGAAUACAACAUCUAGGCUCGAAGCCCAGCGCAGGAGGAAGCCGUCGGUACGAGGACAGGUCGAAGCACUCGAGCAUAACGUAUAUGACGUGUAUAUCAUCAACAAUAUACGGUUAAGAGUAGAGUGAAAGUGAGUGAUUGGUUUAGCCACCGGUUGGCGGGUCAAACUCGCGGACGGACGGAGCUUGCGCCUAUAAUUGAUACAUAUAUUCAAUACAUAUUGUCACGCGCGCGUGCGAAGAGUGGAUGCUGUUAAUUUCCAACGACGCUCAUUUAUACCGAAUAAACCGUUCCGAGACGAGGAUGUACAAUAACGAUUAUUAUAUAGUUGAGUUUCUUUUUUCAUAUAAGAGAAGUUAUAUAACGUAUGUACGUGCGAGCGCGCGCGCUGAUCGCGCUGCGCCCACGUAUAGGUGUAUACCUAGGCAAACAAACUAGAAAAAAGGAUGUUUAAUAUUAUUAUUAUUAUUUCCCGCGAGUUGUACAAGCAUAUACACUGCAGUGUUGACUUUAUUUGUUUAUAUGGAACAUAGAGAAAAAUGUUAACGCGUGCCGCGCUACCGGCGCACGCGCUGAAAAGUAUAAUAGUAACAGACUAUACUAUAUAGCUAGGCAAAAAGGGCGAAUAUAAACGGUUUCGUAUUCUGUGAUGGCGCCGCGUCCCCUCCGUGAUUCGCGCGCGCGCGUCGGCAAAAUUUAUACGCGCGCGACGUCCGAAAAACCGAGAGAAAGAGCGAGAGUGAGAGAUCAUGCGCGAAAGAGAUUUUAUGCGAGAGCUAGAGAGAAUGACGCGUGGUGUAUAAAUCGCAGAGCGAGUCGAACAAAUCUCUGCCGAUAUAUAUAUAUAUAUAUAUAUAUAUAUAUAUAUAUAUAUAUAUAUAUAUAUAUAUAUAUAUAUAUAUAUACAUAUAUACACACAUAUUAUAAAUGUAAUAGACACUGGUUUUUCGUUGUUUUUUAGUCAAAUUGCCUGUUUUACUUAUCCCCGUUAUCGCAUUUUAUGACGUUACGGAGUUAACGGACUAACAGAAAGGGAAAAAAUAAGUAAUAAAGAAAAAAAAAUAAUGAUAACAAUGACGUGUACGCAGAAGAGCGACGGUGACGACGAUGAGAACUGAUGCGAUCGAAAGCCGACUUACACGAAAGAGAGAGAGGAGAAUAUCAGGCGAGUCAUAAUUAAUGAUCCUCCGCUGUUUUGUCGCGUUAAGUAUAGGAACAUAUUUAAAACAAAUUCUACCUGCACCGCUCUUCCCCGAGUGCUGUUUGUGACGUUGUAUACAUAAUUAUGUACAUUGACCGUUGUUAUGUGACGUGAUGGUUGGCUAAAGCAAGAGCGAGAAUUGUGAGAGAACGACGCAUACGAGUUAAUGAGGUGGGGAAAACAGAAAUUUUAUCGAGAGAUUGCUACGCUACUGGAGAGCGAUGAUUUCCAUUUUUUCGUUUCAUUUUUAUCUGCUUCGCGACGCGGCGAUCGCUGCCCCCCGACAGUACAUACAUAUGCCGAGUCGUGGGCAACGAUCGCCGCGAAGUACACACGUAAUAAAUACACCGGCUGUCUUUCACACACUCUGCGGUUGAAGGAGUCGAGUUCCCAGUCGGCAAUGAAGUCAUUAUUGUUUUAUUAUUAUGCGGACGACUAGCUUUCGGUGAGAUGUACAUAGAUAGCCAAGAGCGGCGACGCAGAUAGAGGCGGGAGAAAAGUGAGAGAAUGACUGUUUUUAGAUUUUUUUCUUCCUCUUUUUUGUAUCUAAUUUCUCUUUAUAAUUUUAAUUUAGCAUUUGCGUAGCGUCCAUAUCUUUAACGACAUAUAGUUUAUUACCAUACAUUAAUGCAACUAUUAUCAAUUCGCCUUUUUAUUUGAACCUGUUUUAUCGCUAUCUUUUGUUGCUCGACAUAUUAUUGCAGACAAGAAAAAACGAAGAACACGUCAUACGACACCCACGCACACACAAACACAUGCUCCUUCACCUUUUCGUUUUUAAGUUGCUAGUAAUAUUAUUAACUGCAAUUUCAAUAAAGUGAAAAAAAAACUUGAAAUAAUA